UCAACACUGGUGAAACCGUCAUGACGAAAUUUGCGUCGCACCUGUUGCUCGCUGCAGUAUUGAUAACUGCUGGUAACUCACAGAUUCCUUUACCUAAACGUCCGCUGGAUUUUGUCUAUAAAGGAGGCGAGCCGACUGUACCAAUUCACUUGGAAGCAUUUGUUGAUUUGACUUGCCCGGAUUGUCAACAAGCAUGGCCGACUCUCAAAAAAGUCGCAGAUAUGUACGGUCCUGAAACUGUCCAGUUUACCUUGCAGUUGUUCCCGUUGCCAUAUCACACAAAUGCAUUCCUAGCGGCACAAAGUGUUUAUGCUGUGGAAGCUUACAAUACUUCCCUUGUGAUAAGCUGGAUGGAUGUCAUAUUUGAGAACCAGAACCAACUCUAUGAUUUCCAGACUAUGGACAAAAACAGAUAUGAUGUCAUAAACAUCAUUGCUGAUUUAGGAAGUAAAAUUGACAUUGACAAGACUGUUAUCAAGGAUGGACUUACAAACACAGAAUAUAAUGAACAUACAAGAAUCUCUUGGAAAUAUGGUUGUUCAAGGACAGUUUCUGGAACUCCAUUUUUCUUCUUGAAUGGGGUUUUUGUUAGCCAGGCAUCUGCUGCUUGGACUGUGGAGGAAUGGAAACAGCUCAUUGAUCCUCUACUGAAGUUAGAUGUUCGUGACUUUUUGAAGUUGUGAUUGCUGGAAUAUUGGCACCCCAUUACAAUACUGGUUGAACCACUUAACUUCUACAUCAAGAAAAAAAGAAUCUCCUUGACUUUUUUUAUUUUAAAACACUUAAAAUUACUCUGUUAAGUCUGCUGAUUAGUGAUGAGAAGAAGUCUGCAAGAUUUUGUUUUGCAACAAUAUCAGAGCUAACUUUCAAACCUCCUCAAGGUUAUCUGCUAUAGAAAGACUCACCGAGGAAAUUCUUCACACAAGGCCAUCCAAACCCGAAAAUGUCUGCCCACCACUCGUCACAAACUACCCUCCAUUCUCCACUUGCUUUAGUGCAUUAAUUUGGAUUUGUGAUCACUCUUUUUUUUUGGCCGACAACCUCAUCCUACAUUCACCACA